AUGAGCAGUCCCCGUCAAGAUAAGAAAGACGAGCAGGGAGAGAAGCCGCUGUUCCGCACCCUCACACCCAACGAUGAAGCUGCCCGACCACAGUACCGCUCGAUGGCCGUGGCUGCCGCGCCACCGGCGUUCAGUACAAUGGGACCUCGCGGCUCGAUCGAGCAGCUAAGCCCUGCGUUCGCGGGUCCCAUGGCGUUUAACAUGGCUUCCAAGAAGUCUGUGGCCGGGAGCAAGAAGUCCGAGACCGUGGCAGCGUCGCCCUCGUUUGGCACGCGGGUGGACCGCACCAAGUACGUGAACGCGACGCCGCGGGAGCUACCGCCGGCGCCGUUUCGUCUGGAGCUGCACACGCAUUUCCAUGUGAAGCUCGAGUCGACCCAGCGCGUGUGUGGCGUCGUGAGCAUUAAACUCUGUGAGCUGGACACGGACUUUGAGUUCAAGGCGGACAAGUGCAAGUGGAAAGUCCAGUACCGUCGCAACACGCAGCGCGUGAGCCUUAACAUUGUCAUUUAUAAGACGAGCAAAGGCGAGUACGUCCUCGAGGUCCAGCGUCGGGAAGGCGACAUCACGGCGCUCAUGCACCUCUACCACGAGCUCAAGAGCUUGUUUCGACGCAGCCAGCUGCUCAGUGACAAAACCGUGUCGAGUAACGGCGUUAAGCGCGCGGCCCCGAAGCCACUGCCGAAGCUGCCACUGUCGCCGGAAAGUAUCCAGGACGGUGUAUCGGCGCUCAAGGGCUUGCUUGAGAGCAAGUACGUUGACGCACAGAUGCAGGGUGUUCUAGGUGCUAUUUCCAUGUCAAUUUGCGAGGAGACACGGGCAGGAAUGGCUGGUCUUGUGCCCCAGCUUGUGCUGCUGGGUCAAAAUCAAAAGUCAAAUGUCGCGCGGUUAGUCAGCGUCGCACUUGCACGGCUAUGCGACCACCCGCAGUGCCGUCAAGCGUUUAUCCAGUCCGAUGGCUGGCAGUUUAUUGUGAACUGUGCUGCCGGUGGCUCCGGUGUAAACCCAGAGGUGCAGCGAGAGAGUCUUCAUGUGGUAGAGACUCUGUGUCCGUUGUACUACGACGAACUUGCCAAGUCAGAGAGUGCUGGACGUGUAUUGCAACUUGUUAAGGAGUGGCAGAAGAUUGAAGAUCCGCGUCUCAAGAAGCACGCGUGCAACGCACAUCGUGCGCUGACGAAUGCGGGCGUCCUCGCGUAA